GGAUAAAACCCGAACGAGCACGACAUCACUCUACCUUCAUCACCAUGGCCUUUCUCUGGAUCGUCUCGUGCUUCGCCUUCGUCAGCGCCGCCUAUGGCUGCGGAACCCCCGCCAUCGCCCCCCAGGUGUCAGGCUACGCCCGCAUCGUUAACGGUGAGGAGGCGGUGCCUCACUCCUGGCCCUGGCAGGUGUCACUGCAGCAAUCCAAUGGCUUCCACUUCUGUGGAGGAUCUCUGAUCAACGAGAACUGGGUGGUGACCGCCGCUCACUGUAACGUCAGGACCUACCACCGUGUGGUCGCUGGAGAACAUAACAAGGGAUACGGCUCCAAUGAGGCCGUCCAGAUGCUGAAGCCCGCCAAGGUGUUCACCCACCCCGGCUGGAACCCCCAGACCAUCAACAAUGACAUCGCCCUCAUCAAGCUGUCCACCCCCGCCAGCCUGGGCAGCAACGUGUCCCCCGUCUGCCUGGCCGGGUCCGCUGAUGUCUUCUCCCCUGGCAUGGCCUGCGUCACCUCCGGCUGGGGUCUGACCCGCUACAACGCUCCCAGCACUCCCAACAUGCUCCAGCAGGCGUCGCUGCCCCUGAUGUCCAAUGAGCAGUGCAAGAAACACUGGGGCAGCAACAUCUCCGGCGUCAUGAUCUGUGCUGGAGGAGCCGGAGCCACUUCCUGCAUGGGCGACUCCGGCGGUCCUCUGGUGUGUCAGAAGGAUAACGCCUGGUCUCUGGUCGGUAUUGUGUCCUGGGGAAGCAGCCGUUGCUCCACCUCCACUCCCGCCGUCUACGCUCGCGUCACCGAGCUCCGCAGUUGGGUCGACCAGAUCCUGGCCGCUAACACUCAGCACGAUCGAACCAUGACCUUCCUGUGGAUCCUCUCCUGCCUCGCCUUCGCCGGCGCUGCCUACGGUUGCGGCUCUCCCGCAAUCAACCCCGUCAUCACUGGCUACUCUCGUAUCGUGAACGGUGAGGAGGCGUUGCCUCACUCCUGGCCCUGGCAGGUGUCCCUGCAGGACUACACCGGAUUCCACUUCUGCGGCGGCUCUCUGAUCAGUGAGAACUGGGUUGUGACCGCUGCUCACUGCAACGUCAGGACGUCCCACCGUGUGAUCCUCGGAGAACACAACCGUGCUUCCUCUGCUGAGGACAUCCAGGUCAUGAAGGUUGGCAAGGUGUUCAAGCACCCCCGCUACAACGGCUACACCAUCAACAACGACAUCCUGCUGAUCAAGCUGGCCUCCCCCGCCCAGAUGAACAUGCGUGUUUCCCCCGUGUGCGCGGCCGAGACCAGCGACAACUUCUCCGGAGGCACGAAGUGUGUGACCAGCGGCUGGGGCCUGACCCGCAGCAACGCUCCUGACACCCCCGCCCUGCUGCAGCAGGCCGCCCUCCCUCUGCUGACCAACGACGACUGCCGUCGUUUCUGGGGCAACAAGAUCAGCGACCUGAUGAUCUGCGCCGGAGCCUCCGGAGCCUCCUCCUGCAUGGGCGACUCUGGCGGUCCUCUGGUCUGUCAGAAGGCCGGCGCCUGGACUUUGGUCGGUAUCGUGUCCUGGGGAAGUGGAACCUGCACUCCCACGAUGCCCGGCGUUUACGCCCGUGUCACCGAGCUCCGCGCCUGGAUGGACCAGACCAUCGCUGCCAACUAAGCAUGUCAGAGCAGACCACUUUCUGUUUCAACCUGAUCAUCAAUAAAAUACAGAAACUCUGAAA